UUUCAUACUCGGCCUGCCCCAAUUCUCAUAAGAAGCCCAGUCCAUUUGUUGGGCCCAGUAAAGAGGUUCUUCUACCUCUCUCUUUUCGUCCGUCUCCCCGCUCCUCACUCUGCAAGCAAGAACUUCGCCCCAACGCCAUAGACGCCGAGCAGAAUCAGGUGAUCAUGUACGGGUUAAGCAGAAGAUUGCUGGUGUUUCAGAGAGGGUUGCAUGCAUUAUCUGAGAAUAGGAAUGGCCCAAGUGAGAGCUUGAGGAGAAAGGUUGCUGAGAUGGAAAAGUUCAAGAAGAAGAGAAACCCCAGAAAAGAUCAGCUUUUUGUGCAAGUUCCGGAGUCCCUAUCGUUCCUUGACACUGCAACAGCGCCAAUGAUCUUCACUGCAGUUGGAAUUGCUCUUUUUGCAAAGAUUCUCAUGAUGUAUGACGAUUCGAAAUCUCAAGAGAUGAUUGAGAGGAAAAUAAAGAAUGCUCCAGCUGGUCAAGGCACGGUCAGGAUGCUCACUCGUGAAGAGUGGGAACGAAUAAGAGAGGAGAGGCCGAGAACUCCAUUUGAGUCCAAGCUUGCUCGUCCAAAUGCAAGAAUAAGAACUGGAGAACCAUUGUGCACGGAGGAUUUGAAGGAUUGGACGAUUGAUGUGUUCACUGAUGCACUUGCUCGAGCAGAAGAAAGUGUUCCUAAUUCAAGAUGACUUCAAUCUGAUUUGUACUUAUCCUGUACAUUGCAGUAAUGUAAGGUCCUUUUCAAGAGUAGACUGUCCAUGUAGUUUACUCGCCUAGUAAAUUCUUGGAUAACUGAUAAGUCCAUGAAGGUAGAAAAAUGCAGGUCACACAUUUGAUGUAUAAAAUUUCUCGAGGUCGAAUUUGAUGUCUACUUAAUUUUUCAAGGUUAAUUUGAUGUAUACUUAAUCCCUCAAUGUUCAAUUUGAUGUAAAAAAUUUCUUAA